CAUUUUGUGACUGGACCCAACCUUGCAAUGUGAACCAGGGAGUGUGGAUACGAACCAAGCAUGACACUCCAACUGAUGGAACAGGUCCUGAUGGAGACUAUCCUGAUGGAAAAGGCUAUUUCAUCUACCAAGAAGCAAGUAAUCUGAUCCCAUUUGACACUAACAGACUUGAGAGCCCAGAUGUUGUGGUUUCUGGAAAAAUAUGCAUAGACUUCUGGUACUAUAUGUUUGGGUCAGAAGAAAUGAAUGAGUUGAGAGUGAUUAUUCAAGACAGCACAGGGGAGUCUGUGGCAUGGAGUCGGAAGGGAAACCAGAGUUCCUCUUGGAAUUAUGGUGCUGUCACUCAUACUUUUCCAACACAGAGAAGGAUAAAGGUCAUUUUUGAGGCUGUCCGAGGACUGACAGAGUAUGGGGAUACAGCACUGGACAAUGUGAGAGUAAGGGAUGGAUCCUGUGAUGCAGUUUCCACCCCUGUACCACCAACACCUACACCAACAGAACCUAUGCCACCUCCACUGACAGAAGCAGUUUGUAGUAUACAUGGGGAUCCUCAUUAUUACACAUUUGACAAGCAGCGUCAUGACUUCAUGGGUACUUGCACCUACACCCUGUCCAAGGUGUGUGAGAGCAACAGCUCGCUGCCCUACUUCAACGUGGAAGCGGCCAAUGAGCACAGGGGAGGCAACACUCGCGUGUCCUACGUCCAGUACGUGGACGUCGAUGUGUAUGGCUACAGGAUCAAUCUGGGUAAAAACAGAGUUGUUAAGGUUGAUGGAGUCAUCCAGGUGCUCCCUCUGACCUUGGUGCACCCUGUCAGUAUUUCCUUAAGUGGGCAGUAUGUUGUGGUUACUACUGACUUUGGGCUGAACGUCAAGUUUGAUGGAGAUCACAGAGCAGAAAUCACUCUUCCCAGUACCUAUAUGUCAAAAGUCUGUGGAAUAUGUGGAAACUAUAAUGGGAACAAAACAGAUGACUUUCUUAACCCAGAUGGAGGGAUGGAAACAAAUUCGGCCAGCCUUGGAAACAGUUGGCAAGUUUAUAAUGACUCAAGGUGCUUGCCAGAUGAUGGCCAUACCCCAAACUGCACUGAUGAUGAAAAACAUACCAUCCAAAGCAAUGACUAUUGUGGUCUGGUCACUGAUCCCAGUGGUCCAUUCCAGAACUGCCAUUCAAUCAUUGAUCCACAGAGUUAUUUUGAUGCCUGCCAAUAUGAUCUCUGUGAGCUUCAUUUGAGCAAUGCAGCCCUUUGUCAAAACCUGCAGGCUUAUGCGGACGUGUGCCAAGCAGCAGGAGUCCAGCUACAACCAUGGAGAAAUGCAACCUUCUGCCCACUAGCCUGUCCAGCCAACAGUCACUACGAGCCCUGUGCUGCAGCCUGCCCUGCGACCUGUGUUGACCCAUUAGCACCCUAUAAGUGCAGCCUGCCGUGUCCUACUACCUUGCCAGAUAUUACUACACAGCCUCCAUGGACAACAAAACCUGGAGCAAGUACAGUGGCUCCAUCAACACCACAACCCGGGACCCCCUUGCCAGUUACCACAACACAGCCUCCACACACUCCAUCACCACCAAGACCUACACCAAGUUCAGGCCAUGCCUCCUGCAGUGCCUCUGGAGAUCCACAUUAUAACACUUUUGAUCACAGAGUUCAUCAUUUCAUGGGAAAUUGCACUUACACCCUCUCCAAAGUGUGCAACAUCUCUCAGAGGAUUCCCUAUUUUGAUGUGUCCACAACAAAUGAGCACAGAGGAGCCAACACCAAAGUCUCUUACGUGAAGUCAGUGCAAGUGGAAGUCUAUGGCAAUCAGAUUUCUAUGCUGAAAAACAAGAAAGUGAAUGUGAAUGGCAGGAGAAUGAACCUGCCCGUAUUUAUUGAAAGGAAGAUCAGUAUUCAAAGCAGUGGUGGAUAUGUUCUCUUGGAAACUGACUUUGGACUGUGGGUGAGAUACGAUGGAAAUCACUACGCAGAAGUCUCUGUGCCCUCUGAAUACAGUGGUCUGCUCUGUGGCCUGUGUGGUAAUUAUAAUGGUGAUCCAAAUGAUGACAACAUAAAGCCCAAUGGUGACCCUGCAAGUACUUCCAAUGAACUUGGAGAAAGCUGGCUUGUGCCUGAGAAUAACACCAUUUGCUCCAGUGGGAUCGAAGAAAAAUGCAAUGCUGAUCUGGAGAAUGAUGCAAAGAAGAACACUGCAUGUGGCAUGAUCACAGACCCAACAGGACUCUUCAAAGAUUGCCACACCAAAGUGCCUCCAGAAAAUUUCUUUGAAAGCUGUGUUUAUGACAUGUGUUUCACUGGAGGACAGGAAACAUCCUUAUGCUACGGACUGCAGGCCUAUGCUGAGUCAUGUAUCAAUGCUGGCAUAUGUAUAGAGUGGAGAAAUGCUACUCUUUGCCCAAUGUCCUGUCCUGGAGGCAGCAUCUACAAGAGCUGUGGUACUAGGUGUCCCUCUACUUGUGUGAGCACCUCAACUGUCACUUCUUGUAGUUCCUUACCAGUGGAAGGUUGCUUCUGUAAGGAAGGCUAUGUUCUGAGUGGAGACACAUGCGUGCCAGAAAGCAGCUGUGGUUGUGUUGAUGAAAAAAAACAGUACCACCAGCUGGGUGAAAGCUGGUUCAUCAGUUAUCCCUGCAAUGAACGCUGCACCUGCAAUGCUAAAAACAAAAUUGUAUGCUCACCCUGGGAGUGUGGAGUAAGAGAGGAAUGCAGUGUCAAGGAUGGUGUGCUGGGCUGUCAUUCCAAUGGCCAAGCAACGUGUCAGGUCGCAGGAGAUCCCCAUUAUUUCACUUUUGAUGGAUUGAUGUACACCUUUGUGGGUACCUGCACCUACACCUUGGUUGAGGUUGUCAGUGAGAGUGUCAACAAUAUAACCAUCCUUGGCAAGAAUGAAGACCGAGGGCUACGAGGGGCCACAUACCUGAAGGAAGUCUACAUAGAUCUGUAUGGUGUACGAAUCACCCUUCAGAAGAGCAAAGGAAUCCUGUUAAACAAUGAGAGAGUCUACACUCCAGUGGAGAACAGGCUGCGGGGUGUGUCCAUCGGAAAUGUUGGCAAAUACAUAGUAGUGGAAACUGACUUUGGUGUGGUAGUGAAAUAUGAUGGCGAUCACUAUCUGGAAAUCACCCUCCCACAAUCUUACUUCUCAAAGGUACGUGGUAUGUGUGGUAACUUCAAUGACAAUCGUGAAGAUGAUCUGUCCUUGGCCAAUGGUACAAUUGUCAGUAUCACACAGUUUGGAAAUAGCUGGAAAGUGGAAAAAGACAGUGAUGCAGGUUGUUUAUCAGACUCGAGAGAAGAUGAUGUGCCUCCUUGCACCGCUGUGAAUAAACCAGUCAUUGAAAGCCAGUGCAAUGUCCUAAAAUCAGACAAAUUCAAAGCAUGCCAUAGUCUGGUCAAGCCUGAAGACUUCAUAAAGAUCUGCAUCUAUGACAUGUGCCAGUAUAACGGCAUGAAGUCCACUCUCUGCGACAUAGUUCAAUUUUAUGUGGACACCUGUAGGAAUCAAGGCAUCACCAUUACAUGGAGGAACAACACAUUCUGUCCAUUGCCCUGUCCAACCCACAGCCAUUACACGAGCUGUGCCUCUGCCUGCCCAUCAACAUGCAAUGACAUUUUUGCCUCUUCCCUUUGUGAGAAGACGGAAGAGUGCACAGAGGGCUGUGAAUGUGAUAAUAAUUAUGUGCUCAGUAAUGGAAAGUGUGUACCUCUCAGCAAUUGCGGCUGCAGGGAUGAUGACAACAAUUACUACAGCGCUGGGGAGACCUGGAUAACUCCACACUGUGCCAAAAGAUGUCAGUGUCAGAAGAAUGGUGUCAUCAAAUGUACAAGCUAUAGCUGUGAUUCUGAAGAAAGCUGCGUGAUCAAAAGUGGAAAAUACAAGUGCAAUCCAACAGGUUUUGGGACAUGCCGCAUCAUGGGUGAUCCACACUACGUCACCUUUGAUGGUUUGGUGCACCACUUUCAAGGGAAAUACACAUAUAUUGUGGCUCAGACCAUCCCUGAUCUACAUGAUACUCUGACACCGUUCAGCAUCGAAGGCAUGAACUAUCCUCUUCGUCGAAAUUCACGCAUUACUUACUUGAAAGAGAUUCUCAUCGAUGUUUACAAUCACAAAGUGCGAUUCAGGGAGGACAAGCAAAUAUUGUUGGAUGGUGUGAGGGUGAGACCCCCUGUUCGUCCUCAUGAAGGUAUUCAUAUAUAUCAGAGGACAAGAAGAAUUUAUCUGGAGACAGAUUUUGGCUUAUACGUGAGCUUUGAUGGUAAUCAAAAUGCAGAUAUAAAGCUGGCCAACACCUACAAGGACAAAGUAGAAGGUUUGUGUGGUGACUUUGAUGGGAGACCUAAAAACGACUUCACAAACCCAAAUGGUGUUUUGCAGAAGAAUGUGAAUACAUUUGGUGAGAGCUGGAAAGUUCCUCUGAAAAGAAAAACCUCUCGUCUCAGACGAGCUGUCACUCCAGGUGAGUCUGAGGACAUACAAGAUACAGGACUCUUCCAAGGCUGCAGUGAAAAUCAGCUGAUACAAGAAAACAUCACUUCUGCAUGUCAAAUUCUGACUGAGUCAAAUGGUCCUUUUGCAAAGUGUCAUUCUGAAGUCUCACCAGAUUUCUAUUCCACGAGCUGCAUCUUUGAUAUGUGUGUGGACAGAGACGACACUACUACAUUAUGUCGCAGUCUGGAGGAGUACGUGCUGGCUUGUCAGGAGAAAGGAGUCAAUAUGGAAGGCUGGAGGCAAGAGACAGCUUGUGAGAUGCCAUGUCCAGCCAACAGCAAAUACAGCUCAUGCACAUCUGCAUGCCCAGCAUCCUGCAGUGACUUGACCAGCCCCUCUGAGUGUGAACGGCCUUGUGCUGAAGGCUGUGAAUGUCUCCCUGGCUAUGUUCUUAGUGAUUUUGAAUGUGUGCCUUAUAGUCAGUGUGGCUGCACAUACCUCGACAAAUAUUAUGAGAUUGGAGAAAUAUUCAUCACCGAUGACUGCUCUCAGAGAUGUCAGUGCACGGAAAGCUCCACCGUCUCCUGCACUGCAAUAGCGUGUGGUUCUGACGAAAUCUGCAACGUUUCAAACUACACUCGUGGGUGCUACAAGAGUGGACCAUGUAUGCCAAGUCCUUGUCAGAAUGAUGGAGUUUGUUCUGAAACAACCAACGGUACCUCUCGCAGCUUCUACUGUGAAUGUUCUGAGCUGUACAUGGGACAAAGCUGCGAGGUUGAAGUAAUAGAUCAAACAAGCACCUCAGGGACUUCUGAGAAUCAUACAGUUGCCAUUGCUGUUGGAGUUUCAGCAGGUGUGGUCAUUGUCCUCAUUCUCAUCUCCUCUGCAGUGUACCUGCACAGAAGGAAGAGAAAGAUGGGUAAAGGUGCCAAAAGAGGGGAUUCAUCUUCCAGCCGGUCCAGGGAUACAUCGGAUGACAACGUACAUGAACGAGAUUAUGGCUGCAUAGUGAACACUGCAUUUGAUCAAGAUGAAUCUGCACACGAUACACACCUAUAGUUAGCAUUUUUAAAAUUUCUUUUAUUACUUUCUGUUCUUGUAUUUUAAUAGUGCAUCUAAUUGUAUUUUAAUAGUGUAUCUAAUACUUUAAGAAACAAUAAUAAAUAUAUUAUUGCAUUUGCUGAAAAUCUUUGAAAUUUUCUGUCUACACUAUCUCUCAGAUUUCAUGUGUUAGGCCCAAAGUGAAAUAAGUCCUAAUGCACAUUACCACUGUGUUAUCCUCAGAAGCCAUUUGAAUAACACUAAGUCCAGACAGAUUUCAGCAGCACAAGCAAGCUGCACACUACCACAUACAUGCCUCUGAUAGAUGCACAAACUAUGGACUGAUGAGGUCAGAAUUAAUUAUAGCAUCCUGGGCAGGUCUUCUUGAAAUUAUUUUACCCAAAAUCUUCAAUGGGAGGGGAUUGGUUGAUUGAGCUGGACACAGUUCUCGCUCCUCUUCUGACAAGGCAUGG